CCAAUCGGAUUGUCCGGAGCGGCGACGGGCGCAGGGAGCUGAGACAGACCGAGUGACAGCGUCCGAGUCCCGGGGAAGAACAUCACGGAGCCUCCGUGGAAAAACCAAACCCUACACCGCAGUCAAGAUGCCGAACAAACCCAAGAAGGAGAAGGAAACAACCAAAUCUGCCAAAAGCAGCAUGAAGAACAGUAACAGCAGCAGCAGCAGCAGCAGCAGCAGCAGCAGCAGCAGCAGCGGGAAGGAUGCUUCCUCCGAGAACUCAGACGAGUCGCAGCAGCAGCAGAGUGGCAGUAAGCGUCCCAGUAACAGCACGCCUCCUCCAACUCAGCUCAACAAGAUCAAAUACUCUGGAGGACCUCAGCUGGUGAAGAAGGAACGCCGCCAGAGCUCGUCCCGCUUCAGCCUGACCAAGAACCGAGAGCUGCAGAAGCUGCCUGCACUCAAAGACUCCCCCCUGAUGGAGCGUGAGGAGCUGUUUGUUCAGAAGCUGCGUCAGUGCUGCGUCCUGUUCGACUUCGUCAGCGAUCCGCUCAGCGACCUCAAGUACAAAGAGGUGAAGAGAGCCGGACUCAACGAGAUGGUGGAGUACAUCACGCACAACAGUGAGGUGGUGACCGAGUCCAUCUACCCCGAGGCCGUCGUCAUGUUUUCAGUGAACUUGUUCCGGACUCUUCCUCCGUCCUCCAACCCGACCGGAGCCGAGUUUGAUCCUGAAGAGGACGAACCGACGCUGGAGGCUGCCUGGCCUCACCUUCAGCUGGUGUAUGAGUUCUUCCUUCGCUUCCUGGAGUCUCCAGACUUCCAGCCAAACGUCGCCAAAAAACACAUCGACCAGAAGUUUGUAAUGUCGCUGCUGGAGCUGUUUGACAGCGAGGAUCCCAGAGAGAGAGACUUCCUGAAGACCAUCCUCCACCGGAUCUACGGCAAGUUCCUCGGCCUCCGGGCCUACAUCCGCCGCCAGAUCAACAACAUCUUCUACAGAUUCAUCUAUGAGACUGAACAUCACAACGGCAUCGCUGAGCUGCUGGAGAUCCUGGGGAGCAUCAUCAACGGCUUCGCUCUCCCUCUGAAAGAAGAACACAAGAUGUUUCUGAUCCGAGUUCUUCUGCCACUUCAUAAAGUCAAGUCUCUCAGCGUCUACCACCCUCAGCUGGCGUACUGCGUGGUCCAGUUCCUGGAGAAAGACAGCAGUCUGACGGAGCCGGUGAUCAUGGGUCUGCUGAAGUUCUGGCCGAAGACUCACAGUCCGAAGGAGGUGAUGUUCCUGAACGAGCUGGAGGAGAUCCUGGACGUCAUCGAGCCGUCUGAGUUCGUCAAGGUCCAAGAGCCGCUCUUCAGACAGCUCGCCAAGUGUGUGUCCAGCCCGCAUUUCCAGGUGGCGGAGCGAGCUCUGUAUUACUGGAACAACGAGUACAUCAUGAGUCUGAUCAGUGACAACGCCGCCAAGAUCCUCCCCAUCAUGUUCCCCGCCCUCUACAAGAACUCCAAGAGCCACUGGAACAAGACCAUCCACGGGCUGAUCUACAACGCUCUGAAGCUCUUCAUGGAGAUGAACCAGAAGCUGUUUGACGACUGCACGCAGCAAUACAAGGCCGAGAAGCAAAAAGAGAAAUACAAGCUGAAGGAGAGAGAGGAGGUCUGGCACAAGAUAGAGGAGCUGGCCCGACAGAACCCCCAGAGCAAUAAGCUCCACCCCCUCCGCCCUGGACUCCACCCACAGGAAGAGUACAUGCUGUACAGCGACAGUACUACUGUGGCUGUGUACUCGAUGGAAACAGAGACUCCAACAGCUGAAGACAUCCAGCUGCUGAAGAAGACCGUGGAGAGCGAAGCCUCACAGGGUAUGAAGGACCUGAAGAAGGACAAGGUCCUGAUGAGGAGGAAGUCAGAGCUGCCGCAGGACGUCUACACCAUCAAAGCUCUGGAGGCUCACAAGAGAGCCGAGGAGUACCUGACAGCCAAUCAGGAGGCUCUCUGACCGGGGGAGGAGGUCCCUGAGCCCGACUCCGCACCCCUCCUGUCCGUCUCUCUGGGGAGGAAGUUGAAGCUGUCGUGGAGAAACUGGUCUGGGGUCAGAUCAGGACUAAAACAAAAAACAAAGCUGGCCUCUGGCCCCCGGGGGCCGCUAAAGAGCGGGACUCUGUAGAGCUGUUUCAGCGUGUCAGUGGUCAUGUGACGAUGACAUCAUCCACUUCAUCAGCUUCAAAAUCACAAACGGCCUGCAGGCGGCACAAAGACCGGAGGUCCCUGAACGCAUCACCACUGGGCCUUUUCCACUUCGGGAACCGAACCACCUGUGAAUGAAUGUUGCCGUCUCCUUCCAGGUUCUUCCAGAACCUUCCAGGUCCUGUGAAGCUCCAGGUUUCAUGGCGUUGAGUUCCUGCAGUGGAAAAGAGCUCUAACGCAUCUCCUUUGUCCUGUGACACCUGAACGCAGCACAGAUGAGUUCACUGACUCGCCCAGUCCUCCGGCAGCAGCUUCACCCCAGAGCCCCGCCCCCUCCACCCAACCUGACCAAUCACUUGUCAGCAUGGAUCUGAGCUGGACUCUGAAGCGGCUUCACACGGACCGAUGAUGAUGAGGAGGAGGAGACACAGUGAAUGUAGACGUCCAAUCAGCUUUCAGCAGAACCAAGAGGAAGUUUGAUUCAUUUCCUGUUUUGUUUGUUUUGAUGUUUGUCGUCAUGAUGUCAUCAAGUUUAGACCAAUGAGAGAAGUCGUUUGCAUGAUCAAACCUUUUAUUUUGUCGUUAGUCUGAACACGUAAAGAACAAAACCCCUCGAAUCUGAACGUCUCAUCAGGUCAGAGGUCAAACACCAAACUGCCGUGAUAUGUUCAGGGGCUGUGGGAAAUUAUGCAGACUGUGAAAUAAGCUUCUGGUGUGAAUAUUAACCGGUUUCAGUGAAUCCACGAGACGCUGUCACUUUAUUCUAAUUUCACUAAUCAGAACAGCGAAGUCACUUCCUGCGUCUCGUUUCACGUUAAAGCUUUACACGGGCCGACCGCAUGGAUGCUUUUAUUGUGAAGUACAACAGGAAACGGGUUGUGUCACAGACGUCCGACAGCAGAACUUCACUGCUGUCAUGAAACCUUUAAAGGAUCUUUAGAGUUUUCAAUCAGACGCGUCAGGAUCAGUCACUUCCUGUAAAUGCGUCUGUAAAUGUGAACGCUGUUCCUGCAGACCCACUUCCUGCGCUCAGACCGGCUGCGGCUCGACCCGAGUCUGGAUCAGUUCCACACGGCUGCUAUCGGAGCUGCAAACGGUUCAGACGUGUCGCUGAUCGACGUGCUAAACAAACGCUUCAGCUGCAGAACCAAACUAAAUGUUUCACACACAUAAACAUACGUGUGCGUGUCUUUAAGUAGUUGAAUGAUACGCUUUCAUGUAACCUAAGACUCAGAUUCCCAUGAUCCUUUGCGGUCUGGGUCGUGUUUACACGAACAAGCGUGUGGCGCUGCCUGAAAAGUUCGUAACGAAGAGAAAACGUUGAGGAUCGUUGUUUUCGUUUCACCGCCACAGACUUGUUUUCACUAACUGCAGCAGAAAUGAAUUUAAAUCACU